AUAACUGGUAUUUACAUAUGUGUAAUGUAAAUUUUAGUCAACAUUUCAAGCUUUAAAAACCUGUUGUGAAAAUAUAAUGGAGAGCCCUAAAAUAGAAAAUAAUGCCGAUGAUAAAUUAGAAGAAAGGUCAUUCCUCAAAAUGAAAGCCAGCAUGGAAAAGGAUGGCUACAGAGAAGGUAUAGAAGAGGGAAGAAAUAAAGUCUUUCAACAAUAUUUUGAUGGAGGUUACAAGGAAGGCUUCAAAAAUGGUUUUGAACUAGGUCAACGCAAAGGUGAAAAAUGCGCAGAAUCUACUCUGAACCAAAUUGAAUUAUGCCAAGCCAAAGAGCUAGAGAAAUCCAGCACCGGGGCAUGUAUUUUAUGUCAAGAUGAAAAGAACAUGUCCCUGCCUAUUUCAAUAAUAAAAUUAAAGCAGAUAGAAAUACUUCAGAAUUCAAACGUGAAUAUUGCAAAUAAAGAAUAAUCAUCUCUA